GGCAGUAAUUGGGGAAGACAGAAGCUGGCAUAGUACUGUACAGCAUGAAGAGGAAGGUUAUCACAAAACAAUUUGCUCUGACACUGUGGAAGAAAUUCUCCCAGACUGUAGUUGCUGAAUGUGUUACAUUCGUCACUAGGGUGCCUGGCAUUUCGUACUUUGCUUCCAAAAGAAAAAAUCAAGAAGCAUAACUAAUUAGAAGGGUUGUAUACGGAGAGAGGUCGGAGUAUUGUUGGAGUAAAUAAAAAGACAGGCGGAAAACAAAAAUCUGGGAUUACUAAAAAAAAAAGGAAAGGGAAAAAAAUGUUGCUGGAUAUGAAAGGCUGUGAGCAAGAGACAGGACACCCUUCAUGCACAGAGCUACACAGGAUGAAACACAAGUGACAUGUAGCCUAUGGACAGCAAUCACAAGAAGAGAUUAUGUUCCUGAUAUUAACUGUUUUCUGGACACUAUACUUUUUCACUAGUUUCUACAGCACCAAAGGAAUAGGACAAUGGGAUUGUCAGGAAGGUUACCAUCAUAUAGGUAACAACCUGUCUGCUUGUAACGAUUUAGUGCCCUUUCUGUUGUUCAGCCAUGGAAAUGACAUACUCAGCAUUGACAGUGAUGGGACAAAUCUCAGAACAAUAGUGCCCAGUGCAGGAUCUUCAGUGUUGCUGGAUUUUGAUCCUAAGGAACAAAGACUUUACUGGCUGGAUCCUAACAGAUACUUUUUCCAAAGAAUUUUCUUAAAUGGAACAAAACGAGAGACAUUUGCCCCAGACGGACGACCUAACGAGUUCUGUUUGAAGAAUCCAACCAGAAUGCGUGCUGUAGUUAAAGGGGCAACAAGAUUCACACUGGAUUGGAAAAACAAGAGAAUUUUCUGGUCUAAACAGCACAAAGGAACCAUACAGUGGACCGACAUGAGUGGGAAAAAAUCUCAAACCCUUCUGAGAGGUUUAGUGCAUCCCACGUUCAUUUCUGUUGAUCCAAUGGAGGGCUUUCUCUUCUGGACAUCUGGCAGUUCAGUGUCUGUCAUUCAAAGAUCCAAUCUGAAUGGGACCAAUGUAAUGAUCGUUCUUGAAAUAAAAGGGGUGCUGAAAGGCCUCAUCCUGGAUACAACUGACAAAAAUAUAUAUUGGGUGAUGUCUAAACAAGAGGAUGCAGAAUCAAGUAUUGGCACAUGCACUUACCAUGGGGGUUCUGCCAAAGUAAUCAAGUAUCUAGGCCACUCUUCAAGACACAGCAUUUGGGGACUUUCACUUUUCUCUGAUCAUAUCUACUAUUCAGAAAGGAAAUCUGCUUCCAUCCAAAGAAUAAAUAAAUAUACGGGGAAAGAGUCUGUUAAAAUAACCUUAAAACCAACCUAUAUGGACAUUACUGCUAUACAAUUAAUAAACAUCAGUGCAUCUAGUCAGUUCUACAGGUCUGGGUCAGAGGUUUGUACUGUGGCCAACGACUCCUGCACAGGAAUAUGUCAGACUGAUCCAGUGAAUCAGCAGUGCAGGUGUAUGGAUGGUUUUCAACUUGCUGCUGAUGGAAAUCACUGUGAAGAUAUUAAUGAAUGUGCUAUGUGGACCCACGGCUGCACUCUUGGCUGUGAAAAUAUCCCAGGUUCUUAUUAUUGUACCUGUCCCAGAGGUUAUGUCCUUCUUCCAGACAGCAAGUCAUGUCAUGAUGCGACACCCUGCUUGCAGGAAAACAGGAACUGCAGUCAUGGCUGUGUACAGACCGCUGGAGGACCUGUCUGCUUCUGUCCAGAAGGAUCUGUGCUUGCAAGUGAUGGGAAAACAUGCAGAGGUUGCUCCACUCCAGACAAUGGUGGUUGUAGUCAAUUGUGCAGAAAAUCCAGAGGAGAAAACUGGGAAUGUGACUGUGUUCCUGGGUACACCCUACAGUGGGAUAAGAAACGCUGCCUCGCUUCAGGUCCUCGCCCAUUCUUUCUGUUUGCAAAUGUACAUGACAUACGGAGAAUGAACUUUGAUGGGACACAUUAUGAAAGACUACUUGAGUCACAGAUGGGAAGAGUCUUUGCACUGGACUAUGACCCUGUGGAUAAUAGGAUUUACUUUGCACACACAGCUCUGAAGUGCAUAGAAAGUGCAAAGAUGGAUGGCAGUGGUCGUGAAAAAGUGAUUUCUGAAGCAUUGGACACCCCAGAGGGUGUAGCUAUUGAUGCCAUUAACAGAAAACUAUACUGGACUGACAGAGGAAAAUCAUGUAUUGAAAGAAGCAAUUUGAAUGGGGAAAACAGAAAAACAAUUAUCCAGGAAAAUGUACAUCAGCCAAGAGGAAUUUGUGUCCAUCCAUUGGUGGGGAGAUUAUUUUGGACAGAUGUAGGAUCCAGUGCGCAAAUAGGAAGCUCCCAUCUGGAUGGAAGUAAAAGGAUAGUUGUGGUCAGCACUAACUUGGUGUGGCCAAGUGGAAUCACUGUGGAGACUGUCACUGAUAAGCUGUACUGGUGCGAUGCUAAGAGAUCUGUCGUUGAAUCUUCUGAUCUGGAUGGCUCAAACCGACACACCAUUUCCCAGAAUGAAGUAGGCUAUCCCUUUGGUAUAGCAGUAUUUGAAGAUCACAUCUGGUUGUCUGACUGGUUGCAGCCAUCAAUUAUUAGAAUGGACAAGAGGAACACGCGCAGCUGGGUACGUCUUCGGGGCAGUAUGCAGAGGCCUUCAGCACUUGUGGUCGUGCAUCCUUUGGCCAAGUUAGCCAUUACAGACAUCAGACCGGAACCUAGAAAAGAGCUAGCUGUCGGCAAUGGGACGACGGGCUAUCAGCCCUUUCUUUAUGGCCCACUUACCGGCAACUUCUAUGGGACCGGGAUAAGAGCAGAUGCAAAUGGCAGCAAUGAGUUGGAUGCUGAAAUAUUGGUGUCAGAUGAGAGUGGCUGUAUGUACAGACAGUGCGAUAUCAAUGCACAAUGCGUGCCAUCAGAAGAUGGACCAAGAUGCCAGUGCUUGGAAGGCUAUACUGGGAAUGGAGAGUCCUGUAAUGAUAUUGAUGAAUGCUCUGUACAGUUCUCUGCCUGUCACCCACACCUGGCAGAAUGUAUCAAUAUGGACGGUGGUUAUGUGUGCAAGUGUAGAGAUGGGUUUCUGGGAAAUGGACUGGAAUGCGCUGAUAUCGAUGAAUGUACACUAGGAAUUGAUGGAUGCGGAGAGCAGUUUCAGUGUGCUAAUACCCCAGGGAAUUACACCUGUAUAUGCACUAAUGGGCUUCCUGGAACUGCAGAUAACUGUAUAGAGUUCAAUAUGAAUGUAAAGAACUCUUCAGGAAAUAGACAUACACGAGAAUGUCCUGCAUCCUAUGAAGACUACUGUUUCAAUGGUGGUGUGUGUAUGUACUUUCCAGUUCUGGAAGACUUUGGAUGCACUUGUGUCAGGGGAUAUAUUGGAGAGCGGUGCCAGUUUGAUGACUUGGAGUGGUGGGCACCACAUGCGACAGAAACAAGGAUUCGUAAUGUUACCAUUGGUGUUUCAUUGGUUGUUCUCCUCGUUGUCCUGGGUCUUGUCUCCUUUGUGAUAUACUAUUACAGGCAUCAGCGCGUGCGAAGCAGAGACACUGAUGUGUGCCACGUCCAGCCGCGUUAGCAGCAAGUAGAAGCCAGUCUGAGUGUCCAUAGAGACUGUGAAAUUGGAAAAUGGAGAAGUAAAUGGUAAGAACCAUGAAUACAAGCUUCUAUAUAUAUGUAUAUAGAAGCUUCAGUGCUCUUCAAACCAGAGGCCCAGCAACUACGCAACACAAAGGGCAUCAACAUACACAGCAAUGCCUGGAAAAGAAGAACAAUACAACUCUAUGUUGUUAUACUAUUUUGAACUGGAAAACAGUAUGUAGCAAAAUACCCAUGGGAAAAUAUUGAGUUGGGUUUUAUAUGAAUAAAGACUGUUAUACUACAAAGUAAAUCCAC